CCUUAUCCUUCCGUCCCAGCUGGCAAGGUCAGGGGUCCCUAUGCUCUUCGCGCCAAACUGAAAAACGCUGGGGUUAGCAGUCAUCUCAGUCUGAACUUCGAAUUGGAAGGAUUCUAGUAAUGGCUUCUUCACUUAUAUCUCUACCUCUUGUACUCCAUUCUCCUCUUUGCAGUUACUCUGCUCUUUCGAAGGUCUCUGCAUUGAAAGCCCCUAGGAAACAAAACCACUCAUUUCUCCUCAAAAGAGACUCCAGUUUUAGUCUUCCUUUAUCGAUAUCACAGUCUAACGGAGUUCUAGGGUUUCCUAAUCCGAAGAAAAAUACUGUCUCCGAGAGAGGGUUUAAUUCCAUCUGCUUUUACGAUGCAAAAGAAGAAUCAAAGGUAAGGUUUAAAGCUUCAAAGGAAACUGGACUGGAUUGGCCGAUCUUCAAGCGGUGGAACGUGCCUUGGCAAUGGCAAACGGUUAGUCUCGCCAUGUUUGCAUGUGCGAUAAGUUUUGUUUUGACAGGGUUAGUAGAAGCAGCAGUUUUGCCAUAUCUGGGAUUGCAGAUUGGAGAGCUAAGUUUAGAUGAGAAGGCUGAACUACUUUUUGUGGAUCAGACCAUAGUGACUGCAAUUGUGCUCGGAGUUAUAUAUGGCUUCACAAACACCUUCCAGCCUCUUCCAGAUGACAUUUUCCGCUAUGAAUUGAAGGACCCUUUCAAUCUACAGAAGGGUUGGCUUCUAUGGGCAGGAUUUGGUCUUGUUGGUGCCCUUCUUUCUGUUGCAUUAACCGGAGCUGUCAUGGCCUUAUUUAGUGGCGAGAGCCCACAAAGAGAGACAGAUGCUCUUGUUCGCUUGCUACCAUUGAUUGGCUCAUCAAGUAUCAGCACUGGUUGCCUAGUAGGAAUAACUGGUGUUUUGGCUCCACUGCUCGAGGAGACUGUGUUUCGAGGGUUUCUGAUGGUGUCCAUGACUAAGUGGUUACCAACACCAAUAUCUGUUCUUUUAAGUGCUGCAGUGUUCGCCAUUGCUCAUCUCACUCCUGGAGAGUUUCCUCAGCUGUUUGUGCUUGGGACCGCAUUGGGAUUCUCAUAUGCACAAACUCGCAAUCUUCUAACACCCAUCACUAUACAUGCACUCUGGAACUCGGGAGUGAUUCUGAUUCUCACUCUUCUUCAGUUAGAAGGAUAUGAUAUCAGGGAACUGUUGCAAGCAUACUUAAGGAUUUGAGUCUUGCACUGGUUGACUUCUUGGGUUUCGUUCUUUGUUUGGCAAGGUUGUGUGAUUUAUUUAUUGGCAAGAAAGGAACACCAGAAGAAUAACUGGGAAAUAACUUAUCAGAA